GUAAACACCAUCUUCGGGUAGCUCAUUUAAUUGGUCUCACUUUUACCGGUUAUAAUCAACAUCGUUAGGAUGAGUCCCUACUACGGAAUGUACGUAGUUCUGGGCCUAGUGUUUAAAGUCCUGGAAAUUGCCAUAAAAGUUUUAAAACUCAAUUUGGUGGCAAAAUCAUUGGAGGCACAAUUUGGAAACUUCAUCAUUGGACUGAACGACAACCGACCAAAAGAAACGGCCCCGAAGGAUAGUGUUAGCAAAACGGAAAUCGAACACCUCGCGAAGAUGGUUGAAUUCUGGUGGGACACCAAGGGACCGGUCAAAAUGCUGCACACAUUCUAUCAAGUGAGGGUCCCGUUGGUCGUCGAAGGCCUGGCCGAAACAGGACGAAUCUCGAAGGCAGACAUUUCCAAACAGGACGCUCUGAAGGGCGUCCGAAUUUUGGAAGCCGGCUGUGGAGGAGGCGUCCUCGCCGAAGAUCUUGCCCGACUCGGAGCGUACGUCGUUGGUGUGGAUCCGGGCAAGGAGAUGAUCGAUCUGGCCAAGUCACAUCUGGAGACCAAAUCUAGCGAGUUGAAAAAUCUGAUCGAAUACCAUGACAUCACGGUGGAGGAGCACGCAAAGCAGUUCGCCGGUACAUACGAUGCCAUCGUUUGCUCGGAAGUUAUGGAGCACGUGGACGAAAAGGAAUCAGUUUUGGCAGCGUGUUGUCGGUGUUUGAAGCCUGGAGGCUCUUUGUUCGUGACUACCGAAAAUCAAACCAUGCUGGCGUGGUUCUUUUUCAUAAUUAUACCCGAGUACUUUCUCAAUUUCAUCCCGAAAGGAACCCAUUUCUACGAGAAGUUCGUCUCGCCACGUGCAAUUUCCCAAAUCGCUAGCAAAUAUGGAUGUAAGACGCGCAGUGUUCGAGGAUUCUUCUAUGACCGUAUGUUCAACUCGUGGAAUUUUAUCGACAACGAUGACUGCAAUUAUGGAUUACACGCUGUGAAAGAAUAAAUAUAACUCAAAUAGAGUCCUGUCCGAGCGCGGGCAAUGGCUACCUCUACCUCCAUAAUAUGUUUGAAUAAUACAUUAUUAAAAUUCACAAACGAUUGUCGUCAACUUGCAUUAUCUUAAUGCGAUGAGGCAGUUAUAUCCGAACCAGAGCCGAAGCAAUGAUCGCGCGAUUCCAGAUUUAUCGAAACUUGAAAAUGUUAUGUUCGAGGAGUCGUCUUAAUUUGAUUCAUUUCAUACAUGUGCGUCUUCGGUUCAGCAAGACAUUUUUGGUAUAACCGAGAAGCACUCUUCUAAAACCCAGAUGACUCGAGCACUGAGAAGAAAAUUGUGUAGGUAACCUUCGUUACAUGUAAUUAUGUGUCUUUUCGGAAAAAUAACUAAGCCUUUAUAAAUACAUUUAAAUAAUAAAACACCUAUAUUUCAUUCA